AUGAAGUUCGCUACUGUACUUGGUCUCUUGUCAUUGGCAACUGCCGUAACCGCAAAGCACUACUGCUUCGGCGGCUGCGUCAAGUGCUACUGCGGCGACAUCCACUGUAAUCACAACGCGUACAAGUCCGACGACCCCAACAACAAGCAAGGCAACUGCGAUCAGCCUGGCGGAUUCCAUCUCGGAUGCGGUUAUAACUCGAGCGGAAAGUGCAAAUAA